AUGCAAAAAAUGGAAGAAGAAGGUGGCGGCCUCGCUGACGAGUUUUUAAACGACUUUUAUAUGGACGAUGGAAAUGCUCAAGAGAACGAUUUGGAGACACUUGAGAAGUACAUUCCAAGCGAAGCGACAAAUUUUUCUUAUGACGAGUUUGAGACAUUUAUGACGGAGAUUCGGAAGUAUCGCGACAUGCAGAGGGACAUGUCGAUGAUAUCAGAAAAGGAUAAAGACCCCGAGUAUAUGCUACUGGUGAACGUACCUAAAAUGUUGUUAGCAGUAACAAACCAAAUCAGUGCGUUACACACCCACAUCAAAGAGAUCUAUUCAAAACAAUUUCCUGAAUUGCCGAUAUUAGUCCCGGAUAGUGUGGAGUAUGCAAUGGCUGUCAAACAAAUCAAAUUGGAGAGUGACAUCACAAAAGUUGAUUUAAGUCAAAUAUUAACACCAGCGGUGAUCAUUGGAGUCGUCACAGCUGCUGCGAAUCGGAAGAACACAUUUCUGAACGAAAAAGAGUACGAAAUUGCCUUUAAAGAAUGCGACGAGUUGAUUCAUCUCCAACAGUGUUACCAAGAGGUCAUCGACUACUUGGAAAGUCGAAUGAACUUUUUAGCACCAAAUAUGACAUCCAUCGUCGGACCAGAAAUCACUGCAAAACUCAUUUCAGCGGCCGGAGGACUCGGCGUGAUGAUCUCGUUGCCUUCGAAUAUCGUACAACUCCUUGGACAAAAGCAAAUCGCGCUGAAUGGCUUUUCGUCGACACACCACGUCCCACACGCGGGGUAUUUGUAUUACUCAGAUUUAGUGCAAGACGUUGAUGUUGAUUUGCGAAAGAAAGCGAAUCGAUUUUUGGCGGGGAAAGUGACACUUGCCGCACGAGCUGACUUUGAAGGGGGAAGUGGUGAUGGAAGUGUUGGAAGAUUUUUAAAGACAGCGUACGACAAGCGAGUGGCCGAAUUGGUCAAACCACCUCCUUUGAAAGGAAAGAAAGUGAUUGUACCCCCCGAUGUGAAGAGAAGAAAGAACAAAAGAGGGGGGAAGAGGGUUAAAAGAAUCCGAGAGAUGUAUUCGAUGACGGAAAUCAGAAAAGAUAUGAACCGAAUGGAAUUUGGAAAGCCGGAGUUGACUGUGGCUGGAAGAGGGUUUGGAGACUUGGCUAAGACGAAGUUGAAGGUGGAAGAACGUAAAAUACUUAAAAACAAGAAACUCGAAGUGAAAGGAAAUGCUACUGUGUUUGGUGGAGUGACAACUUUUGGAAGAGUUGGAGGUGCAACUACAAGUGUUGCACAAAGCGCGACUGGUGGAAUUGUCAUUUCCGACCCACUCAGAAACAAAUAA